AUGGUAGCAAGAAACGAAACAGUAAAUAAAAGUUCGUCGACGUUGUCGGAGGGUGCUGGAGCUCUAACUGAAGGUGGAGAAGCGAAAGUGGAUGUAGGUACUGAUGACGUGGAAGAAGGUGAAAAUGGCAUGAUAUCAUUAGAAAGGAAACUCUCUGAAAAUAUGUUUGAAUUAGAAAUUCAGGCUAAAAUUAUCAUGAAAUGUCUUGAAAAUUUUUCCGAUGACAAUCUGCUACCGGUGAACGUACCAAAAACAAAAGCGAUGAUUGUUCAUAGUGCGGUAUCACCGGGUCAACCGGAAAUUUCUUACCAUGGUCAAAAAAUUACUAAAAAAGAACAAAUUGAGCAUGUUUUUUGUUCUGGUUUGCGUAUGGUAUAUUCGUUGUGGGAAUGGGAUGAUGUAACAACAUUAAUUUUAAGUAGAGAAUUAACACUGCGCGAUUAUCUUUUAAAAUAUUGGUUAAGGUUUAAUAAACAUCUAAAUGAGUCGGCUGAAGCAACAUCUUACCAGCAGACGUUUUCAUCGUACUUGAGUGCUAAAUCUCCUGACAGGAUGUGUUUAAACUUUAUUGGUUUAAGCUUUAAUCUUGAACCAGAACGAAAUCGAGAAUAUAAAUUCCCAUUAUAUCAUUCUGAAACUUAA